CCCCGCAAAAAAACAUAUCCAGCUUCAUCUCCGCGGGCUCCGUUUUGGAAGCAUGGAUCUGAGAAGGCGCGAGACCUCCUCAUCCAGCCUAAGACUCCCUGUACUGCUUCUAUUUUUAUUGGCCGGCAGCGGGGCAGAACAAGAAGUGGAGAACCUCUCCGGCCUGUCUUCGAACCCCGAAAAAGCUAUUUUUGUAGUUCGCGAAAAUGGAACGACCUGUCUUAUGGCGGAAUUCGCGGCGAAGUUCAUCGUCCCCUAUGACGUGUGGGCCAGCAAUUAUGUAGAUCUGAUCACAGAGCAAGCCUACAUCCCGCUUUCCCGGGGAGCAGAAGAGCAGGGGAAAUGCGGCAGCAACGAAGCCGAGCUCCAGAUUUUGUGGAUAGACAGAGCUUACACCCUACGACUUUACUUUGUCAAGGAGGGUCGCAACACCAGCACAGGACCCGAGGCCUGGUGGAAAAUGAACAAAGUCCAGUUCGUCUACGACAGCUCCGAGCGCACCUACUUCAAGGACGCGGUUAACCCCGGGAAACACACGUCUACCACACGCCAUCUUUCUGCUUUAGUCACCCCAGCUGGGAAGUCUUAUGAAUGCCAAGCUCAGCAGACAAUCACCUUGACCUCUAGCGACCAUCAAAAAUCUGUAGUCCUCUUGCUGUCGGAGGUCCGCAUUCAGCCCUUUGACAUCAGCUCUGAUUUUACCUUCAGUGAAGAACACAAAUGCCAAGUAGACCAAAGAGAACAGUUAGAAGAAACCCUUCCUCUCAUUCUGGGCUUGAUCUUGGGACUUGUUAUUGUGAUCACCCUCGGCGUUUACCAUCUCCACCUCAAAAUGACCGCUAGUCAAGUCCAAAUCCCACGAGACAGAUCUGAGUACAAACAUAUGGGAUAGUAGCUGGCACGCUCACCAGUCAGCUGAAGCAAAAGCACUUUUUUUCUCCUGUAGGCCAGGGGCUCCCAUCUGAUGAAAUAAAACUUAACUACUUUAUAAUGACCAAAAGGGAGAGGGCAGGAAAGGGUGGGAGC